AUGCCACCGAUGCCCCAAACACCGGGGAGGGGUCAAACGCGGACCGAAUACGCGCAAGCAUAUGCUGCCUCCAACGACGAUUCGGGCUCGGGAGCAGAGGCUCCGGUCCGCCGACGCUUGCAAAAGUCGGCCUCGACCAAUUUCCCCUCGAAUUACACCAAUUAUGACUCUUCGAAUGGGGUGACUGGGCCGCGCACAGGUGGAAUGAAUAGGAGACGAAUGUCGAUUCGAGAUCAAAAGGUUCCUCAGGGCCCGCGACCGCAAGAGACUUCGCGUUGGAGCAAACCCGGCCCGUAUAUUCACUCCGGGAAUUCGUCUGUUGAUUCCACCCUCGAUUCGACCAAAAGCUUUAACCUCCGAUCGACGAGCGUGGGAAACCUAGCAAAGGCUAAUCCCGAUCCUGACAAUUCAGAGAACGCAGACUUUCUCGCACCGGUCAAUUUUGAUGAUUUCCAGAAUAGCAUCUUGGGCGAACCUACCUUAAACCACUUUCCCAUGCCCGGGAGCACCAGUUCGGGGGAGAAUCGUGAAACGGGUCCAACCCAUCCCUGGGAAUCUCAAAAUUAUGCAAACAAUGUAUCGGAACGCACACGAGGUCCUUCUGUUCGCCGAAAGAGUGAGGUGCAACGUCCAAACGGUCAGACUGUCUCUACAGGGCUCACAGCAUCCUCCGCCAAUACUCGCGCUCGCCGACAGAGCUUAGCUCAGCCAUCCGCUGGAACGACUUCGAGAGCUCCACGCAAAUCGAUUAGCUCUGGGGCCUUUGCGCCUACAAAUGCUUCUGCCAGGCGUGCCAGUCUCAGUGCCCGCAAAAUCAACAAUGACACCGCCGCGAGCAAUAAUCUUCUCCGUCCUCGACUUCCAGAUUCUGAUGUCAAGGUCUCUUCCGUUGUUCGAAAUCUCAAGGCCAAAUCAUUCCAGCCUAGCCCGCGGGAGCCUCGUGGUCCUUUCUUGACUACAUCUGGUAUCGUUGAUCACACACGAUCAAACUCCACCAAUGCUGUGCGGAGUCCUGUUAGAAAUAAUUCUGGUGCCGUGGCAGCUCCCUCCUCGACUUCUAAGCGGGCUUCUCUGAUGCCUCCCCAUGCCACAGGACUUGGAGCUCGAACAAUCAGUCCCACUGAUGCGCGUCGAGCGAAACGAAUGUCAAUUGCCCCUCCAGCCCCUCCGAUGCCACACACACCUCCCACACAGACAGAAUCACUUCCCAUCCGCCCUCUAUCCUCAAAUCAAUCCCCCUCUCAAAUUCCGAGGAAAAGCGUCACACCUUCCUCGAACCGCACCACGCCUGAUCCAACCCGCAAAUCAUACAGCUCCGGAUUGUCAGUUUCCUCAAGCACCAGCUAUAACUCGGCGCGGAACUCUGGAAGCACUCUACAAACUCGUCUAUCCCAAAAUCUUUCUUCGUCGCGACUUCCCACGCCAAAACCGCGUACAGAACAAGGGAACUCCAACGGAGAGGAGGUUCCACCGGUUCCAGCAAUCCCAAAGGCCUACGAAUCACCUAAAGGUGAACUGGACGCGCCUGUUUUCCCUGCACCCAGAAAAUCGAGCAUUCCUGUGGAUUUAAGCCUUCUGAAUAUCAAAGAUACCGACUCUGAUGCGCACUCGACCGUCCAAGUUGGCACCAGGGACCCUGUCACAAAAACCCCUGAACCGCGAACGCGAAAUUCGACGGUCCUGGCUGGACGAAAGGGUCUACAGCCAUUAAAACUGCCCCCCUGA